AUGGCGCGUUUCGAUGAUCACCUCCCCACGCGGCCUGUCGACCGCGACAAGGCCGAAUCUGAGCUCUCCAUUCAUAUCAAAAAGGCUACCAGCAAUGACGAAUCCGCCCCAAAGCAGAAGCACGUCCGCAAGUGCAUUGUUUACACCUGGGACUACCGCACGUCUCAGUCCAUCUGGACUGGCCUCCGCGUCCAGCCUAUCCUGAGUGAUGAAGUUCAGACUUUCAAGGCGCUCAUUCUCGUUCACAAGGUGCUUCAAGAAGGCCACCAGGUCGUCCUCAAAGAGGCUCAGGCACAGAUCGGAUGGUUCGAGACCUGCGCCCGUACCAUCGGCGCUGACAGCAUGCGUGGUUAUGGCUCGCUCAUCCGCGCCUACGUCAACUUUAUCCUCGCCAAGCUUCGCUUCCACCGUCAUCACAAGGAGUUCAAUGGUCUUUUCGAAUACGAAGAAUACAUUUCACUCAAAAACAUCGAUAACCCCGACGAGGGCUACGAGACCAUCAUGGACCUCAUGAACCUCCAGGACCAGAUUGAGCAAUUCCAGAAGCUCGUCUUUGCUCAUUUCCGCGGCUCGGCUAACAACGAGUGUCGCAUCUCUGCACUUGUCCCUCUCGUCAAGGAGAGCUACGGUAUCUACAAGUUUCUCACCUCCAUGCUUCGCGCUAUGCAUCGACGCACUGACGCCAGCGAUGCGCUGCAGCCAUUGCGAGAGCGCUACGACUCGCAGCAUCACCGCCUCCGCAAGUUUUACUACGAAUGCGCCAACCUCAAGUACCUCACCUCGCUCAUCAACGUUCCCAAGCUCAAUCAUGAACCCCCCAAUCUAUUCGAGCUUCCCGAAGAAGGACCUUACCUCCCACCUCGUCAGACCCCCAAGGCACCCACCCCAGAACCUGGUCCGUCCCAGGCCGAGAUCGAUGAACAAGCUCGUCUGCUCAAACAGUACGAGGAUAAGCAGACUGCGCUCAAAGCACAGGAAGAGGCAGAAAGGCAAAGACAAUCGGACCUUGCAGCCAAGCAGCAGCGCGACUUUGAAGAGCAGCAACGUCUACAGGCCGAGCAACAGCGACUUGCACAGGAGCAACUAAUGCGUGCCCAGAUGGACCAGAUGCAGGGCGGUCGACUCGCCGAACUCGAGCGCGAGAUCCUUGCCAUGCGUGGACAGUACGAGCGCGACCAGCUCAUGCUUGAGCAGUACGACCGACGUGUCAAGGCGCUCGAGACUGAGCUCGCCAACAUUGGCCAAAACUUUGGCGCACAGAUGCAAGGCAAGGACGAGAUCAUCAAGCAGCUCCAGGACCAGGUCACGCUCUGGCGCAACAAGUACGAGGCUCUUGCCAAGCUCUACUCACAGCUCCGAUCCGAGCACCUCGAGAUGCUCGGCAAGUACAAGCAGAUGCAGAUCAAGGCUGGCAGUGCUCAAGAGGCCGUCGACAAGAUGGAACGCAUGGAGCGCGACGUAAAGGCCAAAAAUCUCGAGCUUGCCGACAUGAUCCGCGAACGCGAUCGUGCCCGCUUCGAUCUUGACAGGAUCAAGGCGAGCCAGAAGGAAGAGUUCGACCGUCUCAAGCGCGACCUCAUGUUUGCCAACGAACGUGCCGAAGAUGCCACUCGCGCCAAGAGCUCCGAGCUUUCCGGCAUGAUGUCAACCCUCAAUCGCCAGAUCGCUGAGCUUGAAGACGCCUUGCGCGAGAAGCGUAUGGAGGCGGAUGCACGCGACGCCGAGCUGGCUCGUAUCCGAGAUGAGAAGGAUGCCGAACUCGCCAUCAUGCAGGAGGGCAUGGAUGCCACCAUCAAGCAGCUGUCUGACAUGCAGCUCAACCAGGGCGAAAACGACCAGGCUGUCAAUGCUCAGAUCGACACACUCAUCCUGGAUAACACCAAAAAGCUCAAUGCCAUCAUCGACUCCAUCCUGCAGGCGUGCGUCGACAAGAUCGACGAUGCGCUUUACGAGCUCGAGUCACCUUCAGGUACCGGCAACACCACGGCUACGCCCGAGUACGUACUGUCGAUGAUUGAAAAAGGUACCACUUCCACCAACGAGUUCGCCACCGUCUUCUCAUUGUACCUGUCAGGCGAGGUUGGCGGCGAGCACGUCGAGGUCAUCAAGCGUGCCAAUCAGUUGGCGCAGACCAUCAGCGACACGCUCACCAGCACAAAGGGAAUCACCCGUCUGGCACAGAGCGACGACGCUGCCGACAAGCUCCUCAACACGGGUCGCGAAACCGGCAAUGUGCUUUUGCGCUUCUUCAGCAACCUACAGUCGUACCGUCUGGCCGGUGUCGCGCCUGCUCAGCGUCGCGAUGUUGUGGCGCGUCAGAACAUGGAGGCACGCUCUGCGUUUGCUAACCUCAACAGCGUGGUCGAGACCAUGGUCAAGGCGGGCAACACGAUGCUUGCCAAUGCCAAUGGCGAUAUUGGUGACAUUGUGGAACGCGAGAUGAUGAACGCUGCCUCUGCAAUCGAUGCUGCCACCGCCAAGUUACAGGCUCUUUUGUCGAGGCCGAGGGAUCACAACAAGUACUCUGCAGUCGAUCUGCAAGUGCACGAUGCAAUUCUGGAGGCAUCGCUAGCCAUCACGCGUGCCAUUGCCGGUUUGAUCAAGGCUGCUACCGAAUCGCAACAGGAGAUCGUCUCCAAGGGCCGUGGAUCGUCGACCAACCAGCAGUUUUACAAGAAGAACAACCGCUGGACCGAGGGUCUCAUUUCGGCCGCUCGUGCUGUUGCAUUCGCUACUACGAUGCUGAUCGAAGCUGCCGAUGGUGUCAUUAUGGGUACACACUCGCUCGAGCAGCUUAUUGUCGCAUCCAACGAAGUCUCGGCCGCUACUGCCCAAGUGGUGGCCGCUUCGCGUGUCAAGGCUGAAUUCAUGUCGAAAACUCAAGACAGACUCGAGCGAGCAGCUAAGGCAGUCACCGAUGCAUGCAGAGCACUCGUUAAGCAAGUCAAGACCAUCACGGACAAGCAGAGCAACGGCGCGACUGACUUUGACUACUCGACCAUGGCGGUUCACGAGUUCAAGGUCAAGGAGAUGGAGCAACAGGUUGAGGUGUUGAAAUUGGAGAAGGAGCUGACUCAGGCGAGGAGGGUUCUGGGUGCUAUGCGUCGUGCUGGCUAUCAUGCUACCGAAGAGGAUUAG